UUUGGAUAUUCAUAUCCAUGACUUUUCUUGUUUACUUGUUGCCAGCGAUCGUCCAUUCCUAAGUUCGCCGAUAUCAAUAGCAGCUCAGAUUAUACAUUUUUUUUUUAAUUAUAAUUAUAAUUAUAAUUAUUUUUUUCUGGGUCAAACCCUAGAAUCCCCUUUCACGAUUGCACGCUCAAGAUCAACUCUUUCAAUCCCAAUUUAAAUUGACUCGAUGAGCUGAUUUGGGAGUGACUUAAUUGAAGAGGCGAAGAGAAAAUUGGGGAUUGGGUUUCCGAUUUGUGAGAUCUAAAGAUUUAAUUUUUAUUUUAUUUUUCAAAAAACUUUGCGAGGAGUGAUUUAAGAAAAGCUUGUAAAGAUGAUGUCAAGAUCUUAUACCAAUCUUUUGGAUUUAGCAUCUGGGAAUUUCCCGUUAACGGGUAGGGAGAAGGAACGGAAAAGAUUCCCUCGGGUGAUGACUGUACCGGGGAAUAUUCUCGAGCUGGACGACGAACAAGCUAGCAGCGUUACAUCUGAAAACCCAUCUACAGUUGCUGGCGAUAGGAUUAUCGUUGUCGCAAAUCUUCUGCCUUUGAAAGCAAAACGAAGGCCCGAUAAUAAAGGAUGGACUUUUAGCUGGAACGAAGAUUCCUUACUUCUACGUAUUAAAGACGGAUUUCCCGAGGAGAUGGAGGUUUUAUACGUUGGGUCUUUGCCUGUUGAUGUUGAUCCUAUUGAACAGGACGAUGUAGCCAGCUUUCUUUUGGAGAAAUUUAAAUGCGUCGCCGCCUUUUUACCUCCGAAUAUUUUAGAAAAGUAUUAUCAUGGCUUCUGCAAGAAGCAGCUGUGGCCACUUUUCCACUACAUGCUGCCGUUUUCGGCUGAUCACGGAGGUAGAUUCGACCGGUCCAUGUGGGAAGCGUAUGUAUCUGCGAAUAAGAUGUUCUCGCAGAAAGUUAUUGAAGUACUAAACCCGGAGGACGAUUUUGUCUGGAUUCACGAUUAUCACUUGAUGGUUCUGCCGACGUUUUUGAGAAGGCGCUUUGUCCGUUUAAGAAUGGGGUUUUUCCUUCACAGCCCGUUUCCUUCAUCCGAGCUGUACAGGUCAUUGCCUGUUAGAGAAGAAAUCCUCAAGGCUCUUCUCAAUGCGGAUCUUAUCGGUUUUCACACCUUCGAUUAUGCUCGGCAUUUCCUCUCGUGCUGCAGUCGGAUGCUGGGCUUGGAGUAUCAGUCGAAAAGGGGCUACAUCGGGUUGGAUUAUUACGGAAGAACAGUAGGGAUAAAGAUUAUGCCUGUCGGCAUACAUUUGGGCCAUAUUGAAUCGGUGAUAAGACAGGCGGAUAAAGAGCUUAAAGUCGAGGAGCUAAAGCGACAGUUUGAAGGGAAGACUGUGCUUCUCGGAGUUGAUGACAUGGACAUAUUCAAAGGCAUCAAUUUGAAGCUUUUAGCUAUGGAGCACAUGCUCAAGAUACAUCCAAAUUGGAGAGGAAGAGCUGUGCUCGUACAGAUUGCGAAUCCCGCUCGAGGGAAUGGUAUCGACUUGGACGAAAUACAAGCCGAAAUCGAGGAGAGUGUUAAGAGAAUUAACAAGGAUCUCGGAAGUCCCGGAUACGAACCUGUAGUAUUUAUUCACAGACCUUUAACAAUAAGUGAAAGAAUGGCGUAUUACACUAUCGCCGAGUGUGUUGUGGUGACAGCUGUGCGUGAUGGAAUGAACUUAACUCCUUACGAAUACAUUGUGUGCAGAGAAGGCGUAUCUGGUGCAGAAACAGGGUCGGAUUCGGUCGGACCCAAGAAAAGCAUGCUGGUUGUUUCUGAAUUCAUCGGGUGUUCGCCUUCGUUGAGUGGCGCAAUCCGUGUCAAUCCGUGGAACGUCGAGUCGACCUCGGAGGCAAUGAAUGAAGCUAUUUCAAUGGCUGAAUCUGAAAAGGAGCUAAGGCACGAAAAGCAUUACCGUUAUGUCAGCACACAUAACGUUGCUUUCUGGUCUAGAAGCUUCUUGCAAGAUAUGGAGAGAACGUGUGCCGAUCACUUUAGGAAAAGAUGCUGGGGUAUCGGUCUUGGGUUCGGGUUUAGGGUUGUGGCGCUUGAUCCUAAUUUUAGAAAGCUUUCGAUAGAUGAAAUUGUGUCUGCUUACGUUCGGGCGAAGAGCAGGGCUAUAUUGUUGGACUACGACGGCACACUUAUGCCUCAGAACUCGAUUAUUAGGACGCCGAGCGCUCAAGUUAUCUCUCUGUUGAACAAGCUUUGCGGUGAUCCGAAAAAUGUAGUUUUUAUGGUGAGUGGGAGAGGUCGGGAUAGCUUAAGCAAGUGGUUUCUUCCUUGCAAUAGGUUGGGUCUUGCUGCCGAACACGGCUACUUCUUAAGGUGGCCGCAAGUUGAAGAAUGGGAAACAUACAGCCAGAGUUCUGAGUUCGGGUGGAUGCAAAUGGCAGAACCUGUAAUGGAAUCAUACACAGAGGCAACUGAUGGUUCUGGAAUAGAGAGAAAGGAAAGUGCUUUAGUAUGGCAUUAUCAUGAUGCGGACCCGGGUUUCGGUUUUUCACAAGCAAAGGAAAUGUUGGAUCACCUCGAAAGUGUUUUAGCUAACGAGCCUGUUGCUGUCAAGAGUGGACAGUUUAUCGUAGAAGUCAAACCUCAGGGUGUUAACAAAGGAAUAGUUGCUGAAAAGAUUUUCACAUCAAUGACAGAAAAAGGGAAACUGGCUGAUUUUGUUCUCUGCGUCGGUGACGACAGAUCCGACGAGGACAUGUUUGAAUUAAUCGGUUCUGCAGUGUCGAGACGUGUUCUCUCGUACAACACCGAAGUAUUUGCAUGCACUGUCGGCCAGAAACCGAGCAAAGCCAAAUAUUAUCUAGACGACUCGUCCGAAGUUAUAACAAUGCUCGAGUCUCUUGCCGAAGCUACUGAUUCUCCUUUCUCGUCUGACGAAGAACCUGAUCUUGAUACUAUCAGCUCUCCUAGAAGAAUCAGUCGUGUUACUUCAUUCAUUUAAACGAAAUGAUGCAUGUAUUUUUUUCAGUUUGAAGUGAACCUAAAAAGAAUAAAGUUCCGAGAUUUGGAGCCAGGUAGGAAAACCCCAUUUUCCCUAUUUAUGGCUAAUGCGUUGACUUUGGCAGAGAAUUUGAAAUAUUUUAUUUAAGUGAUGAUGGGGGGAAACGAGAUGGGUUUCGUGAUGAACGAGCUGAUUAUGGGAAGGUGGAAUUUUGCAACCGAUGAAUUUGUAGAUUGGCGGAAGAAUUCGACUUUUUCUGCCUCGAUGAUUUCUUUGUACAGGUUCGAAGGUCUCCUUUUCUCCUUUGUUCUUGGUAGUUGUUCCUUUGGGGCAAAUCCUCAUUGGAGUGUAUGUGAAUAUGGAUUUCGAUUAUUUGGAAUAAUUGUCAUUGACAGAUGGAUGGUCGUCCCGUUGGAAUGUUACGAGUGAUUUUUUUUUUUUCCUUUUUUCUUCCCGGUUCCGUAAUUUUUAUUCGAUUUGGAGAUGUUCUGAUUGUGACCUUGUUUAAUUCAGUAAUUGAAUUGUGUUUCUUGGAAUUUUUAUUCUUGUAGACCUUGUUUGCCUGCCUUGUAUCCAAAAUUGUUAUUUAAGAAUUAAGAGUAGAUAUUGUAGUUUUGUUUU